ACGGCGUCGCGCUGCUAGUGAAACAAGUUCCAAAACAAGAAUCAAUCAUGAAGCGCUCACUCUCAGCAUGUAAUAGGAUGAAGAGAAAAUCUCAUUCAGAAAUCAAUGAUCAAAAGAAGAAGAAACCUGCACUCACACCGGUUAGGAGUUCAUCACAAUCAUUGAUCUUUGAUAGCAAGCCAGAAAAAUUAUUCACAAAGACGAUUGGUGGUGAAUCCUCACGAAGCUUAUGUGGUAUAUGCUUUGAUUUGAAAACAGAUUCAGAUAUGUUCAAAAGAAAGAGUUGCAACCACCUCUUUUGUGUUGAAUGUAUUUCCAAAUAUGUGGUUUCUCAAAUUAACAACAAUGUGGUUAAGGUGACUUGUCCAACUCCAAAUUGUUUUGUGAAAUUUGAGCCGAGACAUUUGAAACAUAUUUUGCCUAGAGAAUUUAUUGAUAGAUGGGAACUUGCAGUGUAUGAGUCUAAAAUUGCAUUGGACCAAAAGACUUAUUGUCCAUUUAAGAAUUGUUCUGUUUUGUUGGUUAAUGAUAAUAAUAGGGGUGUGGUUUUGACUAGUUGCGAGUGUCCAUCUUGUCACCGACUAUUUUGUGCACAAUGUAAGGUUCCAUGGCAUGCGGAGAUGAAUUGUCAGGAGUUUCAAGAUUUGAAACGUCCUAAAAAGGAACAAGAUUUGGAUGAUAAAUUUUUGGAGUUGGCUAACAGAAAGAAGUGGCAGAGAUGCCCAAAUUGCUCUAUCUAUGUCAAGAGAAGUGAUGGAUGUGAACACAUGAAAUGCAGGUGUAAAUGUAACUUCUGCUACCAUUGUGGGGAGGAAUGGAAGCAUGGGCAUUUAUGCGAGAAGAGAAAAUAUUGAUGAUUCCCCUAUU